AGAAGAAUAAAUACCGAGGUGGGAUACAGACACCGCCGCAUCCCCCCCUGGAGGAGGAGAGAAGCGAAGCGAAGCACCGCAGCGCCUCCGUGUCUUCUGAUCCGAUACGACGUCUCGCCACCACCUCUCCUUCCACGGGAGGGAGAAAUUGAGAAGGGCGGAGAGGGAGAGAUCGCUCCUUUCUCCUUGUCGGAUCUCGGGGCGAGCGAUACGUCUCCAAGAUCCACGCGCUCGGAUAGUUUGGAUCGCCGGCCCGACUGUCGAUUUGUCUGCCGGCGCUUCCCGAUUCGCGGGAAUCGAUCGCGACGUCGAUCCGCGGAGGUUUUGGGAGAGUUAGUUCAGAUGCGGUCAAAUCCAGAAGAUGCUCUCCAUAAAAUUAAUAAGGAAUAUCCUACAUCCCCGCAGCCUUCGAAAUGUAGCCGUAAAAGGUCAUUUAAUAACGCUGAGGUCGAUGCAGAGACUGGUGGUGAUAAAUCUGUCGAUAGUGCUUCAAAGCAGUUAGUGCUUUACAACCCUGGUACAAGUGAUGCAGGUCAAGAUGCUUUUAUGGUUACCAAUUACACAGAGAAUCAUAUCUCGUCAUUCCAAAAUUUUGGAGCACCAAAUUCUUCUAGCCGAGUUUUACCAUCUGUUGGGGCAUUCACUGUCCAAUGUGCUGCUUGUUUUAAAUGGAGGCUGAUUCCAACAAAAGAGAAGUAUGAAGAAAUUCGUGAAACUAUCUUGCAAGAACCCUUUAUAUGCGAACGAGCUCGUGAGUGGCGGCCUGAUAUAUCAUGCGAAGAUCCUGAAGAUAUAUCUCAGGAUGGUAGUAGACUCUGGGCAAUUGAUAAACCUAACAUUGCUCAACCUCCUCGUGGCUGGGAAAGGUUGCUUAGAAUCAGAGGUGAAGGAAGCACUAGAUUCGCAGACGUGUAUUAUGUCUCUCCAUCUGGGAAGAAACUGCGGUCAAUGGUUGAAGUUGACAAGUAUUUGAAGGAACACCCAGAGGAUGGUAUCAAUAGAUCUCAGUUUUCAUUUCAGAUCCCUAAACCUCUGCAAGAGAACUAUGUGAGGAAACGUUCUUCACGUGUAAUAAAUCCUUGUGAUG